AUGGCUAAUCGUACAUCUCGUGAUGCUCAUACAGUUAAAGGAACAAAUCCUCAAUAUUUAAUUGAAAAGAUUAUAAGAACUCGUAUUUAUGAUUCUAUUUAUUGGAAAGAACAAUGUUUUGGACUUUCAGGUUUUUUAUAUUUUAGAGGGUUUUUUGUAAAAUAUUUUGUGUUAUUAAUGCGGGGAAGGGCUAUAUUAGUUUUUCGCGAUCAUUCGGUGAGUUAAAAAAUUAUAGGACCAAACUAGGGAUUUUGAUUUCUGAAAAGCCUGGGCCUGCUUCUGGACUCUG